GUCAAUACUUCAGUGGGCUUAUUUCUGCCUUACCUAGACCUACUGUAAUAAGCCAAGACACCAUGCUCACAUUUCCAAGGCUCCUGCCCUGCUUUCUGGCUCUUGUCAUGUUGACAUCGUGCAGACCAACAAUGCCAGAAGACCAGACCCGUCAGAAAGAGUCACAUCCUGGGAUUGAGGAACAUCUCCUGCUUGACCCUGGAAACUCAUUGCGACUCGCUUGUGACACCAACCACAGCAUCAACAUUAACUGGUACAGAGAGCAGGAACGGUUGCUGGCAGGAGAAAAGAUUCACAUACAAGGCUAUGUGUUGGAGCUAAUAGAUGUAACCUAUGAGGAUUCUGGCCUAUAUCUUUGUGUGGUCCGUGGUACCGGACAAAUCCUUCGAAGGUUCACCAUAUCUGUAGUUGAUUCAAUGGCAUCUGGAGAUGAAGAUGAUGAGGAUGGCCGUAGGGAAGAUUUCCAGGGUGAUCUGAGUGAGGAUCCUGUUUAUAUCUACCAAGCUCCAUACUGGACCCAUCCACAGCGCAUGGAGAAGAAACUAUAUGCCCUGCCUGCUGGAAACACAGUAAAGUUUCGCUGUGCAGCUAGUGGCAGCCCACUUCCAACCAUACGCUGGCUCAAAAAUGGAAGAGAAUUUCGAGGCGAGCAUCGGAUAGGAGGUAUUCAGCUACGACAUCAACACUGGAGUCUGGUCAUGGAGAGCGUGGUUCCCUCUGACCGUGGAAACUACACCUGUAUAGUGGAGAACAAGAUGGGCACCAUUAGCUACACUUAUAUACUGGAUGUGCUUGAAAGAUCAUCUCACCGGCCAAUCCUGCAAGCUGGCCUUCCGGCAAACACCACCGUUCGCGUAGGCAGCGACGUGGAAUUCUUGUGCAAGGUGUACAGUGAUGCACAGCCACACAUUCAGUGGCUUAAACACAUUGAACUGAAUGGGAGCCGUGUUGGACCUGAUGAUGCACCAUAUGUACAAGUACUUAAGACGGCAGAUAUUAAUACAUCAGAAGUAGAGGUACUCCAUCUGCGGAACGUCACAAUGGAGGAUGCCGGGGAGUACACGUGCCUUGCAGGAAAUUCCAUUGGUCUCUCUUAUCAAUCAGCCUGGCUCACUGUGUUACCUAAUGAAGACUUUAUAGAGGAGGCAGAGCCGGCAGAGUCCAGAUAUGUGGAUAUAAUUAUCUACACUUCUGGAUUUCUGGCCGUGGCCAUGGCAGUUGCCAUUGUAAUUCUAUGCCGCAUGCAAACGACAAACAGCAAGCAGACCCUCCAACCACCACCUGUUCAUAAACUUGCAAAGUUCCCUCUCAUACGUCAGUUUUCCCUAGAGUCUAGUUCCUCUGGAAAGUCCAGUGCCCCUUUGAUUCGCAUCACCCGCCUUUCUUCCAGUUGUGCUCCCAUGCUUCCUGGCGUUAUGGAAGUGGAGUUACCUUUGGAUGCUAAAUGGGAGUUCCCCAGGGACAGGCUUGUGUUAGGGAAACCUCUGGGAGAAGGCUGCUUUGGUCAAGUCGUGAGAGCUGAUGCUUAUGGCAUUGAUAAGGACCGUCCUGAAAGGCCUGUAACAGUUGCAGUAAAGAUGCUUAAAGAUAAUGGCAAUGACAAAGACUUGUCUGAUCUCAUCUCGGAAAUGGAACUGAUGAAAGUGAUGGGAAAACACAAGAACAUAAUUAACCUUCUGGGCGUCUGCACUCAAGAGGGUCCCCUCUUUGUUAUUGUGGAAUAUGCUUCAAAGGGAAACCUGCGAGAGUUCCUCCGUGCUCGUCGUCCUCCAACCCCAGAAGAUGGCUUUGACAUUACCAAGGUGCCUGAAGAACUGCUGUCUUUUAAGGAUCUUGUGUCCUGUGCUUAUCAGGUUGCCCGUGGUAUGGAAUACCUAGAGUCCAAAAAGUGCAUACACAGGGACCUGGCAGCCAGAAACGUCCUUGUAGCUGAAGAUAACGUCAUGAAGAUUGCUGACUUUGGCCUUGCUCGAGGGGUGCAUGACAUUGACUACUACAAGAAAACCAGCAAUGGUCGGCUACCUGUAAAGUGGAUGGCACCGGAAGCAUUGUUCGACAGGGUGUAUACACAUCAGAGUGACAUUUGGUCAUUUGGAGUGUUGACCUGGGAGAUAUUUACCCUUGGCGGAUCUCCCUAUCCUGGCAUUCCAGUGGAAGAAUUAUUUAAAUUGCUACGAGAAGGACAUCGAAUGGACAAGCCAUCAAAUUGUACUCAUGAGCUGUAUACGUUGAUGAGGGAAUGCUGGCACGCUGUACCGUCGCAGAGAAAGACAUUCAAACAGCUAGUGGAACAGCUGGACAGGGUUCUUACUGCUGUAUCAGAGGAGUAUCUGGAUCUGUCUAUGCCUUUUGAACAGUAUUCACCCUCUUGUGAAGAUACUGCAAGCACAUGUUCUUCCUCUGAUGACUCUGUCUUUACCCAUGACCCUGUAGUGGAACCUUCCUGUGUCUUCAAUUAUCACAACGUUCAUACUCACAUGGGGACCUGAAAAAGACACUGUAUAGGGGAGUAUGGACUUCAAAAACAGCAUGCCCUCUGUAUCAGUAACCUAAUUUAUUAGAGACACCACCAAUGUCUAGUUCUAUAGACUCCGGUGAAACACUGUGCUGCUUUUCUGUUCUGCCUUGGAGGAAAA